AUGUCUUGUUUGUGGACAACCGCUGUCGGAGGCCGAUGGCAAGCACUGUUUGUCACUCUUUGUCUUUUCAAGCUGAGCUCAGUGUCUGGACAGGCUCGGUAUUCCGUACCGGAGGAGCAGGCAGAAGGGUCUUUUGUUGGAAACAUCGCUAGAGAUUUAGGUUUGGAUGUGGCGAGGCUCAUAUCAGGUAAAGCUCGUAUCAUUACAAAAGGAAGCCGACAGUACGUUGAUUUAAACCGAGACAAAGGCACCCUUGUUAUUAAAGAGCGAAUCGACCGAGAAGAGCUGUGUGGAAAGACGACGCCCUGUAGCUUCAGUUUUGAGGUAAUUUUAGAAAAUCCAAUCCAGCUUUAUCCAGUUAAAAUAAUGAUCCAGGACCAGAACGACAACCCUCCUCAGGUUCUCUACCCAGUCCAGACUGGUGGCUCUCUGGUGGCUGAAAUGGUGCCUCGUUCAGUAGAUGUGGGCUAUCUGGUCACUAAAGUGGUGGCUGUUGAUGUGGACUCUGGACAGAAUGCCUGGCUCUCCUACAAACUGCAGAAAGCCACAGACAGGGCGCUGUUUGAAGUGGGCUUACAAAAUGGAGAAAUAAGAACUAUCCGCCAAGUGACUGAUAAAGAUGCUGUGAAACAAAGACUGACUGUUAUAGUGGAGGACAACGGGCAGCCCUCUCGUUCAGCUACAGUCAUUGUUAACGUGGCGGUGGCGGACAGCUUCCCUGAAGUGCUGUCUGAGUUCACUGACUUUACACACGACAAGGAGUACAAUGAUAACCUGACCUUUUACUUAGUGCUGGCUCUGGCUGUAGUCUCCUUCCUCUUCAUCACGUGUUUGGUGGUUAUUAUAUCAGUGAAAAUCUACAGGUGGAGACAGUCUCGCAUCAUGUUUCACUCCAACCUCCCUGUGAUUCCAUAUUAUCCACCACGUUACUCAGACACUUUGGGGACAGGGACUCUCCAACACGUGUACAAUUACGAGGUGUGCAGGACGACUGACUCCAGAAAGAGUGACUGUAAGUUCGGCACAGCCGGUAGUCAGAACGUGCUGAUAAUGGACCCCAGUGCUACAGGGACGAUGCAGCGGAUACACAGUGAAAAGAGCAUCCUGGAUGAACCAGACUCUCCUCUGGAGGUUAGUUAA